AAGUCUCGGGGGCAGCCGCAGCGAAGAUGCCGGUCCGGAGGGGCCACGUGGCUCCGCAGAACACCUUCCUGGACACCAUCAUCAGGAAAUUCGACAGUCAGAGUCGCAAGUUUGUCAUCGCCAAUGCAAGAGUGGAGAACUGCGCCAUCAUCUUCUGCAAUGACGGCUUCUGCCACAUGUGUGGUUACUCACGUGCUGAGAUCAUGCAGAAGCCUUGCACGUGUAACUUCCUGUACGGACCUGAAACCAAGCGGCUGGCCAUCGCCCAGAUGGCGCAAGCCCUGCUGGGAUCGGAGGAGAGGAAAGUGGAGAUCAACCUUUACCGCAAAGAUGGCCAGUGCUUCACUUGUAUGGUGGACGUGGUGCCGGUGAAGAACGAAGAUGGCUUGGUGAUCAUGUUCAUCCUCAACUUCGAGGGCAUGACAGAGGAAGUACUCCUAGAGCACAAACAGGAGCUCAACCACCGCCUGCCCACCUGGCUCGUCACUGGUCGUCCACGAGGUUUCAAGCUGCGUCUUCCCCUCCUGCGCUCGUUGUCCAACAGCAAAGUGUCCCUGGACGACACAGAGGCCGCUCACAUCCCCCCCGCCUCACCAAUGCCACUGCACCCGGACCACCAAAGUCAAGAGUGCUUAGGCCUCGGGGAGUUCCUGCCUCUUCCCCCUUUACCGCUAGACCACCAGGAGCAAAUCAUCGGCAGCAGGUCAGCCCUACAGAGUUGGCCAGAAGACCGCCAGGAGGACCAGUGCACCUUACUGGGCCCCGACCCUCCUGCACUCACUCCUCCUCCUCCUCCUCCUCCUCCUCCACCUUUCAACAGAGCCUACCUGGUGGAUACGCUCACCCAGUCGUCCCCCUGCGUAGCUCCUCACCACCGCCUCAGCCUCAAACCGGACGCCUCGGGCUCCAACUCCUCCCUGUCGCGCAGCCGCUCGCGUGAGAGCUUCCGCAGUAUGCGGCGCGCCUCCUCCGUCGACGAGAUCGAGGCCAUGAGGCCCGACUCGGACCGGAAGAACCGCAGAGCGAGUGUCCGGCCGGACAGCAGCAGCACCGGCGCGGUAAACAGCAAGUCCAACAUAUUGAACUCCACGUCGGACUCGGACCUCAUGCGGUACCGCACCAUCUCCAAAAUCCCUCAGAUCACCCUCAACUUUGUGGAUUUCAAACCGGACCAGCUCAUCGCCCUGCCCAGCGGGGAGAUGGACAUCAUAGCUCCCUGCAAACUCAUCGACCGGACGCACCACGUCACGGAGAAGGUCACCCAGGUGCUGUCUCUGGGUGCAGAUGUGUUGCCAGAGUACAAGCUCCAGGCUCCGCGCAUCCACAAGUGGACGGUGUUGCACUACAGUCCCUUCAAGGCGGUGUGGGACUGGCUCAUCCUGCUGCUGGUCAUCUACACCGCCAUCCUGACCCCCUACUCGGCCGCCUUCCUCCUCAACGACCAGGAAGAGGUAGCCUUGCAGAAUUGUGGUUACUCCUGCUCUCCUCUCAAUGUGGUGGACCUCAUAGUGGAUAUCAUGUUCAUUAUUGACAUCCUCAUCAACUUCAGGACAACGUAUGUGAACAUUAACGACGAGGUGGUGAGCCACCCGGUGCGCAUCGCCGUCCACUACUUCAAGGGCUGGUUCCUCAUCGACAUGGUGGCUGCUAUUCCCUUUGACCUGCUCAUCUACCGCAGCGGAGAGGAGACCACCACUCUGAUUGGUCUGCUGAAGACGGCUCGUCUCCUGCGACUGGUGCGCGUGGCCAGGAAGCUGGACCGCUACUCGGAGUAUGGCGCGGCCGUGCUCUUCCUCCUCAUGUGCACCUUCGCCCUCAUCGCUCACUGGCUGGCCUGCAUCUGGUAUGCCAUAGGUAGCGUGGAGAGGAACGGUUCCAUUGGCUGGCUCCACACACUGGGGGACCAGUUGGGAAAGACCUACAACAGCUCCAUCAGAGGUUCGGGACCCUCCAUCAAAGACAAGUACGUCACAGCCCUGUACUUCACCUUCAGCAGCCUGACCAGCGUGGGGUUUGGAAACGUGUCCCCCAACACCAACUCUGAGAAGAUCUUCUCCAUCUGUGUCAUGCUCAUAGGAUCCCUGAUGUACGCCAGCAUCUUCGGGAACGUGUCCGCCAUCAUCCAGCGGCUGUACUCGGGCACGGCCCGCUACCACACCCAGAUGCUGAGAGUCCGGGAGUUCAUCCGCUUCCACCAGAUCCCCAACCCACUCAGACAGAGGCUGGAGGAGUACUUCCAGCAUGCCUGGUCCUACACCAACGGCAUCGACAUGAACGCCGUGCUGAAAGGUUUCCCCGAGUGUCUCCAGGCUGACAUCUGCCUGCACCUGAACCGGACGUUGCUGCAGAACUGCAAGGCCUUCAAAGGCUCCACCAAGGGCUGCCUCAGGGCGCUGGCCAUGAAGUUCAAGACAACCCACGCACCGCCGGGGGACACGCUGGUCCACGCUGGGGACGUCCUCACGGCUCUCUACUUCAUAUCCAGGGGGUCCAUAGAAAUACUGAGAGGAGACGUGGUGGUAGCCAUCUUGGGCAAGAAUGACAUCUUCGGCGAGCCCAUCAACCUGUACACCCGGCCGGGUAAAUCCAACGCCGACGUGAGGGCUCUGACCUACUGCGACCUCCAUAAGAUCUUCAGGGAAGAUGUCCUGGAGGUGCUGGACAUGUAUCCAGAGUUUGCGGACCAUUUCUGGAACAACCUGGAAAUCACUUUCAACCUCCGAGAUACAAACAUGAUCCCAGGCUCUCCGAGCAGCGAUGACUCCAACUGUGGAGGUUUCAACAAGUUACGCAGGCGCAAGUUAUCAUUCCGAAGACGUACAGAAAAAGAUGACGCAGACGCCGGAGAAGUCAAGAAUUCCAAUAAGUCCGUGAGACGGAGACAGAGGGCGACCAACAACCAAAAACAGGAAGAGGCACCUAAGCAGCAGUGGCAGGCACACCGCAGCUCGGUGUCCUCGCACUCCAGUGGCGACGAGGGGGGGGAGUCGAUUGUGACCAGACUCGCUCCUCCGCUGGCGAUGCUGGAGAAUCCACAUGCUCAGGCCACGUCCAGGAGCUACAACGAGAACAACGAGAAUAUCGAGGCCGACGGAGACCCCAUAAUCGGGAACACCUGCAACGCUCUGUCGGGAGCGUUCUCGGGCGUGUCCCACAUCUUCAGUUUCUGGGGGGAGAGUCGGGGGGGUGGACAGUACCAGGAGGUUCCCAGCUGCAGCUUGACCUCCCCCCCGACCCUCAACACGCCGCUGCACAGCCUGAGCCGGCAGCAACGCAGCCAGCUGGACACACGCCUGGACCUGCUGCAGAAACAGCUCAACAGGAUGGAGAGUCGCAUGUCGACAGACAUCGGAGCCAUCAUGCAGCUGCUGCAGAGACAGAUGGCCCUGGUCCCUCCCUCCUACAGCGCCGUCUCAUCGCCGCCUCAGGUCUCACCUUACCCUGGUUCUGGCACAGGACCAGGUCCGGGAGAGAGACUGGUCCAGCCUGUUACACCUCUGGAGACAGACACCCUGGCCUCCCUGUCACAGAUCUUGGAUUUGCAGCACCUCGAGGAGUUCCCAGCUAAGCCUCUUGACUCGCUGCAGCCCCGGGACGCCUCGCUGAUCUACCCCAACCAGGGUCAGCUCGCUCCCUCCGGACUACACAGCUUGGGGCAGCACCUAGACCUGGAGCUGGGACUGGGCACAGGGACUGGGGUCAUCGCCGGGCCUGCCGUAGGUUCAUGUGUCGGGGUAGAUUUAGCUACGGGGUCAAGCUCAGGCGCAGGGUUAGACUAUGGGUCGGGGGAAUGUAUGGGCGCUGGGGUCGGGCCGGCAGCUGGAGCGGGGGUGUCUUCCCCGGAUCCUGAAACCCAAAGAAGGCUGUCCCUCCAACAAUCACAGACCCCUCUGGACUCACGGACACCACAGUGACACAGCUCGGACCCGGGAGGGAGGAAGAGGGAAAUGGGGGGUGUGGAGGGUGCCCUAAAACCCUAAAACCCUUUAGGGCACCCGGCUAUU